AUGGAGCUGGUGUGCCGGGAGCUGGAGCACUUGCGGGAUUACUGCCAGCCGCACGCACCGGGCGGUGGUUGGCAGGACCAGGUUGGGGGGCUUGUACCUGGCAUCAAAAUCGGGAGAUCGAAGGCCCAGCUGCCUCUCAGGGUGGAGGUGGAGAAGAUCCCAGUGCCUGAGAGUUUUACCCAGACCCUCAGCGAUCACUUGGUGCUGGUGUACACCGGGAAGACUCGCCUGGCCCGCAACCUGCUCCAGGACGUGGUGAGGAACUGGUACGCCAGGCUGCCCUCCACCGUGCAAAACGCUGACGCGCUGGUGAGCAACGCUGAGGAGUGUGCCCAGGCUUUGAGGCAAGGUAACCUGCCGCUCAUCGGCAAAUGUCUGGACUGCUACUGGCAGCAGAAGAAAUGCAUGGCCCCCGGGUGUGAGCCGCUGGCUGUCGGGCGCAUGAUGGAUGCUCUCCGGCCCUAUGUCUACGGGCAGUGCUUGGCUGGGGCUGGCGGUGGUGGCUUCCUUUAUGUUUUAACCAAAGCCCCUCGGCAGAAAGAGGCUUUGCACCAAAUUCUAACAAAAACCAAGGUGAGAUGGGAGCUCUCCAGCAGUUUGCUGUCGCAGGCAGAAGCUUGCUUUAUAGAACGCAAGUGCUAG